UAUCUGCCAAAUCAAUUACAGGGUAACAGACUGCAGCUCUCUGAUUUUUGUCGUGUUCUCUACUGAUACUUGUUUCAUCUGAAGCACUUCUGUCGAUAGGUGGCGCGAGUGUUGCGCUAACAAUAUGACUGUUCUUCCAGUGAAUUACAAUACCCCACUCUGAUCUCAUAAGUAAACAUUAAUCUUCGUCUAUUUUACAAAUAAGAUUUGUUCAAUGUAUAUAAAUGACCGCCAUAUACAAAAAUCAAUUAAUGACAGUGAAAAAUAUUUCUCCCCUCGUAACAUCUGGUGCGGGCUGAAAGUGAACGUAGCUAUUUCGGACGCGUGCGAGUUCGCACUUUAAAAUUCACGAGAAAUGACGAGAAUUAGUUGUUGGAUCCUGUGUUCUUUGAUUCUGUUUGUGAGUGGAAAUGACGACGCCAAACGGCUGUAUUAUGACUUGUUGAAAAGAUCCUACAACAAACUGAUCAGACCCGUGAGCAACAGUUCGGACAAACUGAUCGUCAAGAUGGGGAUCCGACUGUCACAGCUCAUCGACAUUGAUGAGAAGAAUCAGAUUAUGACGACAAACGUUUGGCUUAGACAGGAGUGGUAUGACAAUGGGUUAACCUGGAACCCCGUGGAGUACGGGGGGAUUAAGACGAUAGAGGUCCCCAUAGAUGACAUCUGGAACCCGGAUGUUGUGCUCUUCAACAAUGCCGAUGGUAAUUAUGAGGUGACCCUGAUGACGAAAGCUAUCCUCCAUCCCGAUGGCAAGGUGGUGUGGGAGCCCCCUGCUAUCUACAAAAGUUCCUGUAUGAUCGAUGUGGAGUUCUUUCCCUUUGAUAUCCAGCUGUGUAUCAUGAAGUUUGGGUCAUGGACCUACGACGGAAAUCAAGUGGAUCUCGUCCAUCUGUGUGUUUCCGAAAGCUCGUCCACGGAGGUCAUUCAGAAAGGGAUAGACUUCCGGGAUUUCUACCCCAGUGUGGAGUGGGACAUUUUAGAGGGAUCCGCCCAGAAACAUUAUAAACGCUACAUCUGCUGUCCCUCUCCAUUCCCUGACAUCACAUUCAGUAUCACCAUGAGGAGAAAGACUUUGUUCCACACGGUCAAUCUGAUCAUUCCAUGUGUAUCCAUAUCAUUUCUGACAGUCCUCGUCUUCUAUCUCCCUAGUGACAGUGGAGAGAAAAUUACUCUCUGUAUUUCAAUUUUGCUCUCAUUAACCGUGUUUUUCCUGCUUCUCGCUGACAUAAUCCCCCCUACGUCAAUUGUUGUUCCAUUGAUCGGAAAGUAUUUACUUUUUACUAUGAUAUUAGUGACUUUGUCCAUCCUUGUAACUGUGAUAGUACUUAACGUCCACUUCCGCUCGCCUUCUACUCAUACAAUGGCGCCAUGGGUGAGAAGAGUGUUCUUAAAUGUUUUGCCACGUCUUUUAAUCAUGCGCCGGCCAAACUUGGACAAUGAUCACAACACAAGGAGAGUGAUUAGGACUUGUAACGGUGUAGAAAUGACUGAAUCGUACAAAGAUAUGAUUCGUCGUAGAGCGGAACAGAGGAAAUUCGAGAACAGCAGCAACUUUCACGACGCUGUUGAGGACGAACUAAUGGGUAUUACCAAGGAAACGGAUCUAAGCGUCCGCCGUCGACAGAAACCGGUUCCCCGGGAGAUUAAGGACGCCGUAGACAGUGUGUGCUUCAUUGCUGAGCAUCUAAAGAAGGACGACAAAGAAAACUCGAUAAAGGAGGACUGGAAAUACGUUGCUAUGGUGUUAGACAGACUUUUUCUGUGGAUAUUCACGAUAGCUUGUGUGGUAGGGACGUUUGGAAUCAUCCUACAAGCUCCCACCCUCUAUGAUGACAGGCAAACCCUGACCCCACAGGCCCCCGAUGAUAGUUGUAUCAAACCUGAUUUCUGAUAAUGAUGUCAUGUUUAUUCAAUUUCAACGUCAGAUCAUGGUGCCACAUCAUAUUGAGUUUUGAGGACAACGCCGUAUUGCUAGUGAUUAUCACUGUAGACUUUUUAAAAAAAAUGAACAACGAUGAACACAAAUUACCAUGCAAUAAUUUAUACUCGAUUCGAAUUUACUCACUGUCUAUUUGUCCUUUUCUACAUGCACGUGUACAAGUACAAUUUCAGACACCCGCCCACCUAUAUAUGGAAUUUUAAUGACUCGAGUUCACAAAUAUUCCACAUUAACACUUUUUAAAACUUGAAUUAGCACACCCGGUCGAUAAAUGUCAGGCUUUUUUAUGUUUAAAUACAUGUAUACAUAUACAUUGUUCGAUAUCACAUGUGUAGAAAAAUAUGUAACACGUCAUUACGUGAAACAAAGAGUCCAGGAAACAUAUCAAAGAAAGAGAAUGAGAGAGAAUGCAAUAAAAUCAAUUCCGUGUAGACAAGGUGUGUUAUGUUCGUGUUUGUUAAUUCCAAGUUUAUUUUUGAUAAAAUUUAAUAAAUAUUAUGUACACUU